CCCACUGCUCCCCGGAUCCCCGCCCCCAGGGGCUCCCGCAAACCCCGGCCCCGAGGGAUGCGGCUUCGGACGGUGAGGCUCCUCGUUCUGGCCUGAGGCGGCGGCCAGGACGAGAAGCCUUGUGGUGGGGGCUGGGGCAGGCGGGGAGAAGCGCGCAGAGGGUGGACCUCGGUGCCGGGUGCAGAAGAGGAGCGUCCCGGCAUGGGGAACGCGAGACCCCGGGCCGACCCGCGCCCAGCCCACCCCGCUCCGCAUCUUUCUGCAGGUUCCCUCGUCCUCUGGGGGUUCGCCAAACCGCAGCAGAUGGGCCGGCUCAGGAAGGCCAAGAUCCACGUGGAACGAGCUGUCAAGCAGAAGAAGAUCUUCAUGAUCCAAGGCCGCUACCCCGUGAUCCGCAGCCUCCUGCGCCGGAGGGGCUGGGUGGAGAAGAAGGUGGCCCGGCCCCUCGCCGCCUCCCCGCCGCCUCCCCACAAGGGCCUGGAGGACUUAGCCACGGAUGACAGCGACGCCACAGAGGACGGGGAUGACGAUGAGGGCGAGGCGCUCCGGUCACCGCUGCUGGACUUCGAGGGUUUACUGGAAUUCGAUGACCUGGACCGGAUACACGCGCUGAUGUCUCGCAUGGUCCGGAACGAGAUCCCCUACUUUAUCUGGACCACUCGGCGGGACGUGCUGGAGGGCCGCUUCCUGGCCAAGGAUCAGAUGAUCAACCACUACGCCCGGGCAGGCUCCUUCACCACAAAGGUGGGUCUGUGCCUCAACCUCCGGAAUCUGCCCUGGUUUGACGAGGCCGACGCCGACUCCUUCUUCCCCCGCUGCUACCGCCUGGGGGCCGAGGACGACAGAAAGGCCUUCAUAGAGGACUUCUGGCUGACAGCCGCCCGCAGCGUUCUCAAGCUGGUGGUCAAGGCCGAAUGGAGUCCGUGCUCUGCCCCGGUGGAGGAGGGCGAGGCCCCAGGAGUGUCAGGUGCAAGUGUCGUGUGCCAACACCCAGGCCCGGGGGCCUCAGAAGUGUCAGGAGCGGAGGAGGCUGCAGGAGAGAAGCAGCCCAAGGAGCAGGAGAAGCCACCAGAGGCGGUGUCCCCUGAGUUCGUGGACGAUGCCCUGUGGGCCUGCGAGGAACACCUCAACAGCCUGGCCCACGUGGACAUCGACCGGGACCUGGAGGUGCCGCAGCGGCUCGGCCCUGAGCACUGGUCCCGCUUCCUGCAGCGUUACUACCAGGUGGUCCACGAGGGGGCAGAGCUCCGGCACCUGGAGUCUCAGGUCCAGCGCUGUGAAGACGUCCUGCAGCAGCUGCGGGCCGUGGUGCCUCAGAUCGGCAUGGAAGGAGCCCGCAACAUCUGGAUCGUGAAACCGGGAGCCAAGUCCCGCGGACGAGGCAUCACGUGCAUGGACCACCUGGAGGAGGUGCUGAGGCUCGUGGACUGCAACCCCAUGCUGGUGAAGGACGGCAAGUGGGUGGUGCAGAAGUACAUCGAGCGGCCUCUGCUCAUCUUCGGCACCAAGUUUGACCUGCGGCAGUGGUUCCUGGUGACCAACUGGAACCCGCUCACCGUGUGGUUCUACCGCAACAGCUACAUCCGCUUCUCCACGCAGCCCUUCUCCCUGAAGAACCUGGACAACUCCGUGCACCUGUGCAACAACUCCAUCCAGAAGCACCUGGAGAACUCGCGCCACCGACACCCGCUGCUGCCUGCAGACAACAUGUGGUCGAGCCAGAGGUUCCAGGCCCACCUGCAGGAGAUGGGGGCCCCGGACGCCUGGGCCACUGUCAUGGAGCCGGGCAUGAAGGCGGCCGUGAUCCACGCCCUGCAGACCUCCCAGGACACCGUGCAGUCCCGCAAGGCCAGCUUCGAGCUCUACGGCGCCGACUUCGUGUUCGGGGAGGACUUCCGGCCCUGGCUGAUCGAGAUCAACUCCAGCCCCACCAUGGCGCCCUCCACGGCCGUCACCGCCCGCCUCUGCGCCGGCGUGCAGGCCGACACGCUGCGCGUGGUCAUCGACCGGCGGCUGGACCGCAACUGUGACACGGGGGCCUUUGAGCUCAUCUACAAGCAGCCGCCCGUGGAGGUGCCCCAGUACGUGGGGACCCAGCUGCUAGUCCAGGGCUCCCCGAUCAAGAAGCCCUUGGCGCAGUGCCACCGGCGGCUGGGGGUGCCCCCAGGUCUCCCUCGCCUGCUGUCCCAGCACAGCUCUGGGGAAGGCAAGGACUGGGGGACCCUGGCCCACAGGUCAGCUCCUAGAAGACUUGCGGGGGCCAGGAGCCUGGGGCCCACUGAGAAGCCAUCCACUGCCACCGCGCCAGCCCCCGGACAGGGAAAGAAAGGCAAGGCGGACGGCACCGCAGCCCCGGUCCACCCCGGGCCCCAGCAGUGGGCCCCCCCGGCCAGGGCGGCCUGCGUCUUCACCGUGGCCUUUGCUAGCGGGGUCAGGCAGCCCCAGCCCUCCCUCAGGUUGCCACUGAGUCCGAAGGACCCCCGGGCCCUGGCUAGGGCCGCCCCACCCCCGCCGCCCAGGACCCCUAGGCAAUGUCUUCCCGCUCUGCGAGCCCCUCUCCACCAGCUGGACUCGCCCCCCCACCAGAGAGCCGCCAGGAGCAAGUAAAACCACCAAUUACAAAGUAUUUUUUAGAAAUACAGCGAGCGAGUACACUCCCGCGAGCAGCCGCCCGCAGCUGCCCGACGUCCCAGGCGCCAGGUGGGGUCUCUCCCGGCCAGC